AUGUACGGCGUGAUAGCGAUAAUCUUCCUAAUCUCCGGCCUGAGCAUCCCACGCCAGAAACUAUUUUCCCAAUUCCUGAAUUGGCGACUACACCUCGUUGUACAGGUGAUUUCAUUCUUAUUCAUUCCUGCGCUGGUCUUGGCUGUCGUGCAUAUCAUCCUAGCUGGGGAUCCAGGCGGUAAGAUUGAUCGCGCUGUCUUGGCUGGGUAUAUUUUUACCGCGUGUAUUCCGACCACGAUUGCUUCGAAUGUUGUUAUGACGCGUGCUGCUGGGGGUGAUGAUGCCGCUGCGCUUGUGGAGGUUUUGAUUGCUAAUAUCCUUGGGCCGUUUGUUACGGCUGCUUGGACUGUUUCGUUGAUUCCUAAGACGGCCGAAUUUGAUUUGUGGAGGUCGACUUUCUCAUCCUGCUUCGCAACAGGAGCCCUUCAAUCCCUCUCCGCGCAAAGCGUGGUCUUCGUGGUUCUCUUCAAUAUCGCCCUCUACAUCUUCCUAACACUAAUCUGCUUCCUCGGCUCGAGACCACCGCGGAUAUUGAGCUCUCGGAAAUGGUCAGAGCCAAUGUUCAAGCGCAUGUCUCCUGAGGAAACCAUUGCAGUAUGUUUCUGUGGGCCGGCGAAGAGCACGGCACUCGGUAUCCCGCUGCUGUAUGCAAUGUGGCAGCCGAUUGAUCUCUUUACGAAAGCCAAGACUUCUGUACCAGUGUUGCUUUAUACCACAGAACAGAUCUGUGUUGCGCAUUUCUUUGUGCAGCUUUUCCGAAGGUGGCAUGCGAGGGUUGUCGAGAAGGAGCAUGUCGAGUAUGCGGGUGAUGCUGAGGCUGGGAUGACUGAGGUUGCGCGCGAAAAUCACAUUACAUGCGAUAAUGCCACUAUUUGA